AUAUUUCAUUAUUUUACGUCCUGUAAAAAGUAUAAAGUGUCUGUAUUAUUAUUUCUUUAUUCAUAAUUCGCUGGUACUUGCAACCUUAGAGAAGGAUGGCUGGAUACUAUUCAUUUGAAGCUAUUGUGUUUCUUACCGUACUGUGCUACUCAGCAGCAAGUGAACCCGAUAUCGAAACGCAAUGUUCAAAAUUCAAAUAUGACAAACAAAUGUUGGAGACAAUGGUCAGAAUGGAAGCGAAAAUGAAUCAGUGGGAUAAAGAAAAGGAAAACUUUGAAGAGAACAUGUUGUCUAUAAUGGAACAUCGGAAGGUGGAAAUGAAACGAGAGUUUGUAAAACAAAAUGAACAGAUCGGUCAAAUGCUUGAUGACUAUGAGAAGAUCCGCGAAGAACUCAAUUACAUAACAGCUCAGUUUGAAAAAGUUGCUGGUAAUUUCACAAAAACACCGAAGAUAGCGUUCAAUGCAUAUAUAAGGUCAGGUAGAAACUAUGACAACGGCCAAACCAUCGUUUUCCCUGAUGUUUUACUUAACGAAGGUGGUGGAUAUGACAAAAUCACUGGAAUGUUCACAGCACCCGUGACUGGUCUGUACUAUUUCAGCGUUCACAUUUGUCACGAAGCAGCAAAAUAUGUGGUCGUAGCUAUUGUUCACGGACAUACUAAAGUCGCAGUAACAAGUGAAUAUGAAAACAUUAAAGGAAGUUGUAGCUCGGUCAUGGCUCCGGUAAAAAUGUCAGUUGGUGAACGCGUGUACGUAAAAUGUACACAUCCUAGCGUGUUGCGAGCUGAUUCACAAUAUAGGUGGCCGUCCUUCACCGGUGUUCUUUUGAAUAUGUAUGUCUGUAGACAUUCUUCCUUAUUCAUUAUUCACUGGUAUUUGCUAUCUAAGAGAAGGAUGGCUUGUUACAAUUCAGUUAGAGCUUUUUUGUUUCUUACUUUAGUGUGCUACUCAACAGCAAGUGAACCCGAUAUAGAGCCGGAAUGUUCAAAACUCGAAUAUGACAAAAAAAUGUUGGAGACAAUGGUCAGAAUGGAAGCUAAAAUGAAUCAGUGGGAUAAAGAAAAGGAAAACUUUGAAGAGAACAUGCUGUCUAUAAUGGAACAUCGGAAGGAGGAAAUGAAACGAGAGUUUUUGAAUCAAAAACAGCAGAUUGGUCAAAUGAUUGAUGACUACAAGAAGAUUCGUGAAGAACUCAAAGCGGCUCAGCGUGAAAAGCUAGCUGGUAAUUUUACAAAAAUACCGAAGAUAGCAUUCAACGCACGUACAAAGUACAGUAGAACUAUAUAUGUCGUCGCUCAAACUAUCGUCUUCCCCGAGGUUUUACUUAACGAAGGUGGUGGAUAUGACAAAAUCACCGGAAUCUUCACAGCACCUUUGGCUGGGCUGUACCAUUUCAGCGUCCACAUAUGCCAUGCGACGGCAAAGUUUAUGGUCGUAGCUAUUGUUCAUAUGGAUACUGAUGUUGCUAUGACAACAGGAUAUGAUAACGAUUACAGCAGCUGCAGUUCAGCAAUUGCUCUUGUUAAGAUGGAGAUUGGUGACCGCGUGUACGUGAAAGUUGCAUACCCAAGUACGAUGUACGCAGACAAUUAUCGAUGGCCAUCUUUCUCGGGCGUUCUUUUGAAUAUUUGAAUACAUUUGUUGACUGAUUCAGAAGUUCAAGUGUCGCACGCUUCUUGUUUCUUUAUCAGUUUUUUUUUCAGCAAAUAUUUUGCAUUUUUUAAUAAUGAUCAUAAAUAUUAUUAUCGUACUCUUGAACUAAUAAUGUUACUUCCUGUUGACUAAAUAUGUGCAAAUACACAUAGAAAUGAUAUUGAUUUAUUAAAAACUGUAAAACCUUUGUAUAAGAUUUUGAAUAAACAGGACAUUAUUAAAGUACAUGCAGGCAACGAGAUAAAAUUUAGAUAUACACAUUUGUACCAUG